AUGGUGGAGCAGCAGAAGGAGGAUGAGGUGCCGGUUGUCGUCGAGGAUGUCAUGGAAGGCGAGCAUGAGGAUGAAGACAAUGAUGAUGACGACAACAAAGCUAAUGAAGUGUCGCCACCCCCUCGCAUGCCCAUGGCUCCGGGGCACCCCAACCCCGGCCCUAGCCUCCCAGCGCCCACCCACGCGUCGUCGCCCAUCUCCACCAUGUGUCGAAGGCGCGCCAACGUCUUUGCCUGGCUCGGGUGCAACUUUGCACGCGAGCAUCAGCUAGAUUGCCGCCCUAGCUCGUCGUGCGAGGUAGUUGGUCUUGAGGCUGAGGCGGACCUGGUGCUGUGGAGCCGGCCGAGGCAAUUGCCACCCGCAGUUGACUCGACGAUGGACCCAAUGUUGGUUGAAGUGGCAAUCCAAGUUCCGCCCCCAAACCGUCGCUCCGCUUCAGAACCAGGCCAUGGGGACAUGGUCACCAUCGUGGUCGACGAUCCUAACGAUGUCCAGCUGACCUUGACUUCGCCUAGGGAAAUGGAGAUGCUGGGCACGCCGAGGGACUCCUCGAGCGAUGACGACGCGGGUUGGCCAGCGUCGUCGGAGCAUGUACCCCCUACGCUUCAUGAAACGCUGGAGGCGCGGCUUUGCCUUCCGUUGCAGACGCCCCUCAUCCGUGGGCCGCCUAGGCUGUGUAGGCCUAGGACUUCGGUCUCCUUUCAGUCACAGCGGCGCAGUGACCGCCUUGCAGUGAAGCCACGCGAGGUGGACUCCACCAAGAAGGCUCAGUGCGUGCUCAUGCAGAAGCUGGGAGUCGUAGCAAGCUCACCCAACGUCGACUCUGAGACGGUGCACAAGUACAAAUCAACCUUCCAGGCACCGUUAUCGGCCUCCAAGCAGGAGGCGCUACAGCUUCUUUUCGGUGGGGAAUUUGACCCGAUGGCCAUGAACUUGGAUAUGGUCGGGAUGGACGAGGUUUAA